CUUGUCGGUAUGCCUCGCAAAAGAGACAUAGGUGCGAUCGGUGACGGUAGGAAAAAACAGAGUCCCGAUUUUGACGAUAGUCAUGUCGAGCAACUCUUACGCGCUCUUAAUCUGAACUCUCCCGCUCUUUAUGCUCAGCAGCCUUCUCGUCCACAAAUUCCCGACUCCAAGAAUGUAUCGACCGGCUCUCCGGAUUUUUCUCCGAGUUCUACUGUAUCUGCGCUCCUUACGCCUACAGAUCUUUCUCCCGCGAAAGCUUCUUUUGACUUGAAGAUCAAUCCACCUCAUGAACUAGCGCCUUCGCACUCUACCUUAUCUCCUUCGUCCCUUCUGUUUGACAACGGCUCGCCGUUGAGGGCGCACGAAUUUAUGUCUCAUAAUGUACACCAGCGUUUUUCAAGCGUUCCUUCUUCGAACCUUCUGCCUCCCAGCCCGUUGCCUUAUUUUGAGCAGUCUUCUGAGAAUUCUUCCCCAGCUUUGAGCUCUCAGCAGUUUUAUGAUAGUGCUUUCGCUCACCUCAACCAUCCAGAACUAUCAAGAGGUUCUUGGCGGCAACCACAGCAGCUAUCUGCCCCUUCCGAGUGGUUGAGAGUCGAGGAGAAGCUUGGCAGCGACUAUCCCUCCGGCGUCACGAUCGGAGAGAAUUCUCUUAGGACUUCGCCGUCUCAGCCGUCGUUCCCAUCUCGUCAAAACGGAGUUCAUCCGAUCAACUUCCUUUCGCUUUUGCAUCCAUCAUCGUCUCCCCCAUACAACGUAUUUGUGGCGCGCAUCAUAAAGUCAUCUGACCAGCAGGCUUCUAUCUUUUUGCAACAGAAGCUCAAGGUUGCCGAUCUUGAGGAACGUCACAAGAUUGUCGAUGCUAUCUGUGCACGCGGUUUCGAGAUGAUGUCACAUCGUUUCGGCAAUUGGGCAGUCCAAAGAUGUCUUGAAGCUGCGGCGACCCCCGAAGAAAGGAAGAAGAUAGUCAACUGCAUGAGGGGACGGGUCGUCGACCUUGCGACCAACUGUUACGGAUGUCACGUCCUCCAAAAGGCACUUGAUUGUGAGGAGGAUAUUCGCCUCCUGAUCGUUUCCGAGCUUCUCCUCGGGGACCCUGCAUUGACUUUGGUGAACAAGCACGCGUCUCAUGUCUGGAGUAAGAUCAUGGAAUUGACAUGGACAGCCCCCGCGCCUCCGAUUUUCGCAUUCGUCAAUAAGUCCCUUAAAGGGAAAUGGGCGUCUCUCGCUUGCCACGAAACAGGAUCACUCGUUGUCCAGCAUGCAUUUGAGAACCUUGAAGAGUCCGCUAAAGACGGCAUCAUCGAUGAGCUGCUCAAUCAAGGACCUACCGCGUUCGGUGAGAUUGCAAAGAACCAGUGGGGCUCGUACUGCAUUCAACACAUUCUAGAGCACGGGUCUCCGAAACACCGUCAAAUGUGCCUGGACCAUAUUAUGUCUGACCUCCUGGAUUAUGCCACAAACGAACAGGGGUACAAGUCUGUUACAAAGGCUCUCAAGGAAACAGGACCCGAAACUCUAGACAGGAUUGUAAAGCGGAUGUGUGAACCUGCGAAGGGUGGCCGUCGAGCGAUGAUCGUGGACUUAGCGCUGUCGGUCACUGGUAGUCAACUGAUUGCUAGCACGUUGCCUCAGGCGGACAAGGACCAGCGUACCACGCUCUAUGACUGCAUUCGCGGCCAUAUUGUGACCCUGCGCGGCUGUAAGACAGGGUCGAAGGUGAUAUGGCUCUUGUAAGCUUUAUCUAUGCGUUGCUUCCUUCUUUGUUGAUGUGAAUUCUGAUCCUUCCGCAGCGAUAGAAUGGUUCGAUCGUUCAUUUCUACCUCUUUUUUUAUUCUGACUCGUGUCUAGCGUGCCUAUUAUGGCUAUUGAGAGGAUUCCCUGUCCUGCAUUCUCUCCAUUCCGAUUUUUGACAUCCACUGCAAUAUUCUCUUCCCAUCUCAUUUCGUCUCGUCUUCAUCCACGGCGUCUUCGCUUCCUCGAUUUGAAAAUGUCUCUUAUAACAGGCAAUACUUCGGUCAAUACCUGGCUGGCCCAUCUCCACCAUUAAUCUCGGAAAAGUACCAGAAAAAGCUCAUCUGUCUCGCAUUGCAAUAACAAAAGCAGUCCUAAUCGCAUCAACAUCAAUAUCAUCAAGUCUCAAGUCGCAUUCGCAAUUUCGCAACCGUAAUCGUAUACUACGCAUCGCCGUCUUCAUCUCAGCCUCACUUG